AUGGACGGUUACCUUUGUUUUAUGGUGCCUCAUUGCUUCACGGCAGGCGGGAGCUGCACCGCCUUCCAGUGCGACCACGCGGACGACAAGCGGGGGUCCGAGCAGGUGGGGAUAGGCCUGGCCAGGGUCGGCAUCGGCCUAAUGGUUGGCGUCUUCCCAGGCGGCUCCCUGAACAUCUUGGUCAACAACGCCUUCAAGUUCGGAGCCGCCGACCCGGAGCUAGAGCGCGCCUUGUCGCAGGGGGCGAAGUUUUAUGACAUUCCUUUAUCCACCUGCGCUGCCGCGCGCAGUGUGUCCUACCUCUUCACGCCCGCAUACGGCAUCGGAAAGGCGGCAGUCGACCGGAUGGCCAGGGACUUCCAGGUGGAGCUGGGCCCCCAGGGCGUGGAUUGCCUCUCGGUGUGGCCCGGCGUCGUCCUCACCGAGAAGCGCCUGAAAAGCGACAGCACGGAGCGCGCCACCUUCUCUUGGACAGUGGCACAGACGUUCGUGGAGGUUCCUGGUGCGAGAUUGACCCUCUUCGCUGAUGUGUUCAUGGCGCAAGAACUCAGCACGGGCAACAUGGCAACGCGCACCAUCGCGUCCUACAUCUCUGCGCACCCAGCGGGGAAGUGUCGUGUGAUCGGCAGGCUCGCGGCGGACGACCAGCUCCGCAGGCCGCCCUACGUGACCCCGGACGGGCUCACCGGGCGCAUUUGCAUCGUCGCCGAGGCGCCCUCGGAGUUCGUGACGGGGGGGGGUUCGCAGGACGAGGACGAGGACACGAGGACGAGGACGAGAGGGCAAGGACGAGCACGACGAGGGAGGAGGAGGAGGAGGUGA